AUGGGACUAUACACGGAACUUCCUGUUAGACAUUCCCCACUCAUCACUAUUGUUGACACAACACACUUGUUAACAUUCGGCAAAGGCGGAUGUGCCGGCUGCAUAAUCGCGAGUAGACUCUCCGAUGCAGACGCAACGCUAUCAAUCUUGGUUAUUGAAAGCGGCAAGAACAACUAUGAACUUCCAAUUGUUACUCACUUGGGCUUCUGGUUCACUCACCUGGCUCCGGGUAACGACUAUACCCGAAUUCUCCAAGGGCCGAAGUCAAAGCAGCUCUCUGGCCGACAAGCUGCGGUACCGAUCGGCCAUAUCCUUGGUGGAGGGACUUCCAUAAACAUGGCAAUGUAUAGCCGCGCAGUACGAUCCGAUUUGGACUCCUGGAAAGCUCCGGGCUGGUCAGCAGAUGAGCUGUUGCCAUACAUGAAAAAGUUCGAGACGUAUCAUGGACCAGGUCCAAGAGAUCGUCAUGGGUACGACGGUCCUAUUCAGGUAUCCGGAACGAGCUUUCGCGCACCAAAGCUCGAGAACGACUUCAUAAAUGCUUUAGGGGAACUUGGCUGGCCCGAGAUUGAGGACAUUAACACACUUGACAACAUCAAUGGCGUAAUGCGUGCCGUGCGUUACGUCGAUCCAAAAGGUCGGCGACAAGAUGUGGCCCAUAUGUAUCUUCAUCCUAGGCUCCAGGAUGGCAAGCAUCCGAAUCUACAUGUCCUUGUUGAAUCGCAAGUUGAACGCGUACUAUUCGAGGGGCAGAAGGUUAGCGGGGUAGUUUACAGGCCCAACCCUGCUUUUCAGCCAAAAACAACACCUUCUCAAGAGAACUCUCGAGUGGUUAAAGCUAGAAGAAUGGUUAUCAUAUCUGCUGGAUCUUUGGGAACUCCGCAAUUACUUGAGAGGUCUGGUGUAGGAGACCUCCAGAUUCUAAAGAAAGCCGGAGUGCCAGUCGUCGCGGAGGUUCCCGGUGUGGGUCAUAAUUAUGAUGACCAUAAUUCCAUGAUGUACCCAUACUAUUCAGAUAUCCCUCCUGAAGAGAGCAUGGAUGGGCUCAACUCUGGCCGUGUGAAGCCUGAAGAACUGAUUGCGAGAGGGGAUGGCAUAUUAGGCUGGAAUUCCGUCGACGCCCAAGCCAAGCUUCGACCGACCGACGCCGAUGUUGCUAGCCUUGGUCCAGAAUUCCAGGAAGCUUGGAAUAGGGAGUUCGCAAAUGUCCCGAAUAAGCCUUUCAUGAUAAUGUCACCGGUCUCAGGAUUCCCCUUCGACCCUAGCCUCGCCCCCAUUCCCGGGCAGUAUAUGUCCCUCGUCACGUUUAGUCUGUAUCCUUUUUCGCGCGGCCAUAUUCAUAUUACCGGCCCUGGAAUUGAUGAUCCAGUAGAUUUUGAUCCUGGGCUUCUCACAGAUGCUCAAAAUCUUGAUAUCAAGAAUCAAAUAUGGGCGUACAAGAAACAACGGGAAAUCGCUCGCCGUAUGGGUGUGUGCCGGGGAGAGGUAUCCGCUUUUCAUCCCACCUUCCCGCCCGGUUCCAAGGCCCGAAUUGAAACAGGAACUGAGACGCUUGAGUAUUCCGAAGAAGAUGACAGAAUCAUUGAACAAUUCAUACAUGAUCAUGUGGACUCCACCUGGCAUCCGAUCGGUACUUGCAAGUUGGCACCCCGCGAAAAGCUCGGUGUUGUCGACUCGGCUCUCAGCGUAUAUGGAGUCCAAGGACUCAAAAUCGCUGAUAUGAGUAUUCCACCUCAUAAUAUUGGUGCCAACUUAGCUAAUACCGCCAUGAUGAUUGGUGAGAAGGCAGCGGAUAUUUUCAUUCAGGAAUUGGGACUUGGUGAGAAAUGAGGUGGUUGAGAGAAGAAGGCUAUGUACCUCGGUACUUCGGUAGAUAAGAGGUAAGUACAUGUGUGGUACUUUUGUAGAUUCAACACUAUAACAAAUUCGUACCGGAGAUUUUGAAGGGCAUUGAGAUUAUGAUAACUCCCACUAAAAGUAACGAGCAGAAGAGACUGGAAUGAAAUUAUUCCGUUUUUCUAGAACACCCCAGCCUGAGAUAUGGGUAAACUUAGACUCAACGACCAUGUGGUAUUCGUGAUACUCAACAACUACUUGCGGGGUACUUCAAUUGUCCACCUGUCUAGGUACUUGCUGAGGUAUUACUCGGUCCCGGAUAAGUUGCUAUUAAAUCUCCUAUCUACCUAGGUACUCACUCAAGUUACACAAGAAGUGUGGGGCAUGAUGACAUGCAACUCUUUUUUAAUUCUCUUCUAUACCACUAAACUACUAGGUAUUAAUC